CUAGAGCACAUUAUUCCUAUUUGGCUCACUCUUUCUCUUGUUGCUGAUCUCGGUUUCGUUCUUGAUCUCAUUCUUGCUCUCAUUCUUCCUAUUUGUCUCUCUCUUUCUCUAGUUCCUGAUCUUGCUCUCGUUACAGAUCUCAUUCUUGCUGUCAUUCUUCCGAUUUGUCUCGAAUUUUCUCUCGUUCCUGAUCUCGCUUUCGUUCAUGAUCUGAUUAUUCCUAUUUGUCUCUCACUUUCUCUUGUUGUUGAUCUCGCUUUCGUUCUUGAUCUCAUUCUUGCUCUCAUUCUUCCGAUUUGUCUCGCUCUUUCUCUCGUUCCUGAUCUCGCUUUAGUUCUUGCUAACAUUCUUCCUAUUUGUCUCUCUCUUUCUCUCGUUCCUGAUCUUUCUCUCGUUCUAGACCUCAUUCUUGCUGUUAUUCUACCGAUUUCUCUCGCAUUUUCUCUCGUUCCUGAUCUCGCUUUGGUUCUUGAUCUCAUUAUUCCGAUUUGUCUCCCUCUUUCUCUCGUUCCUGAUCUCGCUUUCGUUCUUGCUCUCAUUCUUCCUUUAUGUCUCAAUCUUUCUCUCGUUCCUGAUCUCGCUUUGAUUUUUGAGCUCAUUAUUCCUAUUUGUCUCUCUCUUUCACUCGUUCCUGAUCUUGCUCUCGUUCUAGAUCUCAUUCUCGCUGUCAUUCUUGCGAUUUGUCUCGCAUUUUCUCUCGUUCCUGAUCUCGCUUUGGUUCUUGAUCUGAUUAUUCCUAUUUAUCUCAAUCUUGCUCUCAUUCUUUCGAUUUGUCUCGCUCUUUCUCUCGUUCCUGAUCUCGCUUUUGUUCUUGCUCUCAUUCUUCCUAUU